AUGGCCCAGGACUACAAACUUAAGGACAUCACGUCCCUGGCGGACGUCAAGGACAUGGACAAGGUCGAGUGUGAAGUCGACGGUAUUCAGGAUGGCAAGGUCCUCUUGGUUAGGUAUAAUGGUCAGGUUCACGCUAUGACCCCUAAAUGUACCCACUACGGUGCUCCUUUGAAGUUGGGUGUCGUGGCUCCUGAGGGGAGGAUUACUUGUCCUUGGCAUGGUGCUUGCUUUAAUGUCGAAACUGGUGAUGUUGAGGAUGCGCCGGCCCCGAAUGCGUUGAAGAAGUUCGAGGUGUUUGAGAAGAAUGGCGCUGUUUAUAUCAAUGCCAAUGAAGCCGAUGUUAAGGCGGCUCAGAGAGAUCCUGCUGUCAAGUGUAGUGCUUCGCAGCAGGAGAAGUUGGUCGUUGUUGGCGGUGGAAGUGGUACCUUUGGUGUGGUCCAGGCGAUCCGGGAGAUGAAGUACAAGGGUGCCAUCACUGUCAUCACCCGCGAACCGAACCUCAUUAUUGAUCGUACGAAGCUGUCCAAGGCGUUGAUUGCGGAUGCCGCGAAGAUCCAGUGGCGGCCUGAAGAGUGGUACAAGGAAGCUUCUAUUGAGGUCGCCCAUGAUGAUGUGACGGGCGUUGAUUUCCAGAAGAAGACGGUGACUACUAAGUCUGGCAAGUCGUACCCUUACACCAAGCUGGUCCUUGCGACAGGAGGUGUGCCGCGCACUCUCCCACUGGAAGGGUUCAAGGACCUUGGAAACAUCUUCGUGCUCCGCACCAUUCCGGACGUGCAGGCCAUUCACCAGGCACUGGGCGAGCAGAAGAACAAGAAGGUCGUUGUCAUUGGCAGCUCUUUCAUUGGUAUGGAGGUGGGCAACUGCCUUGCCAAGGAGAACGACGUCACCAUCGUCGGCAUGGAGAAGGCCCCAAUGGAGCGUGUAAUGGGCGAGCAGGUCGGCCGCAUCUUCCAGGGUAACCUGGAGAAGGCGGGCGUCAAGUUUAAGCUCUCCGCCAGCGUGGACAAGGCGACUCCCUCCAGCAGAGAUUCCAGCAAGGUCGGCGCAGUUCACCUGAAAGACGGCACCGUGCUUCCAGCAGAUCUGGUCAUCCUCGGAGUGGGAGUGCGUCCCGCGACUGACUUCCUUCAAGGCAACCCAUCCGUUACCCUCGAGGAGGAUGGGUCCAUCAAGACCAAUGAGCACUUUGCGGUCCCCGGACUGAACGACGACGUCUUUGCUAUCGGUGAUAUCGCCACCUACCCGUACCACGGGCCAGGAGCAGACCAGGACAAGGGCACAUACACCCGUAUCGAGCACUGGAACGUGGCCCAAAACGCCGGACGCGGAGUAGCACGCGCAAUUGUCCACAGCGGAUCAUUGCAAUCCCUUAAGCCCAAGGCGUUCAUCCCCAUCUUCUGGUCCGCCCUGGGUGCCCAGCUGCGCUACUGCGGAAGUACCGUGGGCGGAUGGGACGAUCUGGUGCUGAAGGGAGAGCCCGAGAACGCCAAGUUCGCUGCGUAUUACUGCAAGGGAGACACGGUGGUGGCCGUUGCUACGAUGGGUAUGGACCCGGUGAUGGUCAAGAGUGCCGAACUGAUGCGGCGCAAGAACAUGCCGACCAAGUCGCAGAUCCAAAGUGGAGUGGAUGUGUUGACUGUGGGUGUGCCUGAGUCUGUGAGGAUCUAG